UAAUUUAAUUGUUUAGACUGUGAUAGAGAUUAAUUUGUACAAAUAUGGGUAUCACUGGGUUACUACCGUUUCUAGAAAAAUCUUCUAAAAAGACAAAUAUCAAAGAAUUUUCUGGUGGAACCGUUGCAAUUGAUUCUUAUUGUUGGUUACACAAAGGUGCAUUUUCUUGUGCUGAUAAAUUAAUGAUGGGAGAAACAACAGACGCGUACGUUGUGUAUUGUAUGAAAUAUAUAAACAUGCUUUUAAAAUAUAAAAUUAAACCUAUUCUGGUAUUCGAUGGUCAACGGUUGCCUGCUAAACAACAGACAGAAAUCAAGAGACGAAAGGCCAGAGAAAUGAACCGUCAUAAAGCGAUCGAACUGAUACGAAUGGGUCAAGUUACAGAAGGAACAAAUUUGUUGAAACGAGCUAUAGAUAUCACUCAUGAAUUAGCACUAGAAUUAAUUAAACAAUGUCAGAAUGAGAACAUUGAUUGUAUUAUAGCUCCUUAUGAAGCUGAUGCACAAUUAGCUUAUUUAAAUAUUAGUGGUAUAGCUGAUGUUGUUAUUACAGAAGACAGUGACUUAACACUAUUUGGAUGUAAGAAAAUAUUUUUUAAAAUGGAUCUUGUUGGAAAUGGGGUUUUGAUUGCACAAGACCAAUUGCAUUUAGCAAUGGAUGUAAGACCUGAACAAUUUGAGAUGGAUAAGUUCCGUCAUCUUUGUAUUUUGUCUGGUUGUGACUACCUUCCUUCUCUUCCUGGUAUUGGCUUGGGAAAAGCACGAAAAUUUAUUACGAAAAAUACAGAUCGCAAUAUACAUAAGGCAUUGACACGUUUAAGUUCGGUUCUCAACAUGAAAUCGCUAGUCGUGCCACAGGAAUAUAGAGACGCAUUCAUAUUAGCCGAUAUAACGUUCAAACAUCAAUUAGUAUUCUGUCCAUUACAAAGAAAACAAGUACGAUUGAAUCCACCCCCAGCUGAUAUUACUGAAGAUCAAUUGCAAUAUGCUGGGAAAGAAUUGGAUGCGGACCUUGCUUUACAACUAGCCCUUGGUAAUUGCGACCCAGCUACUUUAAAAAUGGUUCAUGAUUUUAAUCCAUUUAAAAUCGAGCGAAAAAGAAAGCGGGGUUUAGAACAGACAAUUCAUACUAGUAUUUGGUCAGGCAAAUAUAAAUCGAAAACGAAAUGUCAAAACUCUUCCCCUCUUUCAAAAAAUAUAUUGAAUUCAUCAAUUAUUAAUGGAAAAGAGUUUGAUAAAGAAAGAAAGUCUCUAAAGAAUGCAUAUGUUUCAUUAAAUUCGCAUAAUAAUUCAAACAUUCAAAGCAGUCCAGAGGAUGAUUUACACAAUACUGCCAUUUUGGAUAUGUAUAAUUCAAGUCGAGAUGCUAAGCUAACCGAUAGUACUAACAAAAUAUCAGAAAAUUAUUUAAAUUUAACAAGUAGCACGUCACCAGAUUUACUUAAACCAAGAAAUCCAUUUAUUAAACGAGUGUCCGAUCUCACAACUUCACCAACUAUUUCAUCCAACGAAAAUUAUCGAAAAAGAGGAAGAAAUUUAAUGCGCACAAGACGGACUAUCAUAGAUGAAAAUACUGUAGUAGAAAGCAAAUAUUUCUCAAAACCAGAUAAAGAGUGCAAUGUACUUGAGUCAGAGAAUAAAGAUAUUGACGUUAGUUGGAUAAAUACAAAUUAUAACACAAUUCUAGAUACAAAUGUACAUGAUAUAACUGGGAAACAAUUCGAAACAAGAUUUUCUAUAACAGACAUUGUACAAAAUGCAAACUCAAUGGAAAAUACUGAUAAUGCACAUUUAUUAAAUCAAAACGAUUGUUUAACUAAUAUUUAUAGUAAUGUUCCUGAAAAAUCAAACCUUUACGAUAGGAUAGAUGAUGUCUCAUUAAUAACACAUACAAUGACUGAUAGUUGUAUAACAAAUAAUUUUUUAAUAUCAUCAAGUUCUAAUAUGAAUAUUAGUGAUACAACCAAUUAUGAAAAUGCGAAUAGUUCACUAAAUAAUUCAUGCGAAUGGAUAAAUACAAAAAUUAAUCCAAGUUUCCCCCAUAAAAAACAUAUAUUGAAGAAACAAAGUUCAUCGAAUUUGGUACGAGUUAAUUCAAUAACAAAAAGGAAAGGAUCACGUCAAAGUAAACAAUCGCCAACAAUUCCUAGACAACAGAGUUUAUUAGACAAGUAUGGAUUCCAAAAAAGAUACAAGGCUGGCCAGCUGCGCCAUUCUUGUUGUGUGGUUCUUCUCAUCAGCCACACUACACCCGUCAAACCUGGUUGCCGGGUAGUCAUAAUCGGAUUGUUGUAG